AUGCCGUCAACCGAGUCAGACACAGAACCAAGGAAUGUGUUACAGCUAGGUACCAUGAACGAAAAGCAAAGCUCAGAGCUGGGAAGAGCGUAUCCUCCUCCACCCCCUAACCUGGAAGCCUAUGUCGUCGAUUUCGAAGGCCCCGAUGACCCAACACAUCCCUACAACUGGAAACUUUCUACCAAGCUUUUCUUCUCUAUCCUAGUCUGUUCAGGAACAUUCAUAGUUUCACUGACCAGCGCCAUCUUCGCCCCCGGAAUCGACAACGCCAGCGCAGAAUUCAACGUGAGCUCAGAAGUAGGAUCACUCGCAACAUCUCUCUACGUCCUGGGCUUUGCAUGCGGGCCUCUGAUCUGGGCACCCGCCUCCGAGCUACGCGGAAGGAAAUGGCCCUUGACCAUCGCUAUGCUCGGGGGAGGUAUCUUCACGAUCGCGUCAGCCGUCGCCAAAGAUAUCCAGACACUGAUAAUCUGUCGCUUCUUCGCUGGGAUGUGUGGCGCGAGUCAAUUGACCGUUGUUCCUGGCGUCUUGGCAGAUGUCUUCGACAAUACAUAUCGGGGAAUGGCCAUCUCGCUAUACGCAUUGACGGUAUUUGUUGGACCGUUCACAGCGCCGUUUCUCGGUGGGUUCAUCACAGCUAGUUACUUGGGAUGGCGAUGGACCCUUUAUCUACCUGCCAUCCUGAGCUUUGCUAAUGGUGUUAUUUCGCUUUUCUUUCUUGGUGAAACCUACGCCCCGUGUUUACUAGUUGCGAAAGCGGCUUAUCUACGUCAGCAGAGUGGGAACUGGGCGAUUCAUGCAAAGCAUGAGAAGAUUGAGGUGGACUUUAUGCAGCUUUUUGAGAAGUACUUUACGCGGCCGCUGAAGAUGCUGAUUACCGAACCGGUCAUUCUUCUUGUUUCUCUCUACAUGUCCUUUAUCUAUGGGUUGGUGUAUGCGCUUCUGGAAGCAUAUCCAUAUGUCUUUCAACAUACAUAUGGGAUGAGCAUCGGAGUGGAUGGGCUACCAUUCAUUGGCUUGAUUAUUGGUCAGGUCAUGGCUUGCUCUUUCAUUAUUUCCCAGCAGGGGAAGUAUGCACGAAAACUAGCGGAGAACAAGAAUGUCCCAGUGCCUGAAUGGCGACUGUCCCCUACUAUAGUUGGGGCUCCGGUAUUUGCAAUGGGGAUUUUCUGGUUCGGCUGGACAGGCUUCACUCCUGCAAUCCAUUGGGCUGUCCCCACUGCAGCAGGGAUUUUCAUUGGGUUCGGAGUUUUGUGCGUCUUUCUUCCGUGUUUCAAUUACCUCGUCGACUCUUAUAUCUCACUCGCAGCGUCUACUGUUGCUGCCAACAUCAUUAUGCGCUCGUCGGUCGCUGCAGGUUUCCCACUAUUCACUAAGCAAAUGUUUGAAGGUAUGGGAAUCCAGUGGGCUUGCACGCUACUUGGAUGCUUGGCUGCUGUUAUGAUUCCGAUUCCUCUUGUUUUCAGAGCCUAUGGACCGCUCUUGCGAAGGAAGAGCAAGCUCUUUCAAUAG